CCUGCCCUCUUUGAUGGACACGGACGCGCAGCGUUUAAACCUCGGAGCCGAAACUUUUUAAACAACGAGUUUUGCCCAACCUUGUUAUGAUAUUCGGCUGAGCAGCCGGCAUUGGCAUAUAGACUUUCAGUGAAAUUAACUGGACGGGAGAUUAAAGUCGAGCGAUAUUGUCGAGAAGUAAACCUUUUUUCGUGUUUACGCUACGUGCUCUCCUUUUUCAAUUUAAUUGCUGAAUAAAAAAAAAUAAUAACAAUAAUAAUCAUAAAAAUAUCCCCAGUGUGCCAACUCUACGGGCGUGCAAAUAAACGUUACCAGAAGAAGAGAAAAAAAAAAGGAGAGAAAAGAAAGAACCCCCCCACACACAGUUUCACCCGAGCCGCGAAUAACUCUUUAAUUAGGUCAUUGUGAGUAUCGCGGUGCAGUUUCCGACGGCAAAGCAAUCUUACCUAAGCCCUAAAUCGAUGGACAAACGUUACACGGGGGACGAUUAUAAUUGGAUUUAACGGAGUGUGACGAUCGGGAAUUCAUUCCAGGUUGUCGUAAUUGGCAAAGGUGAAACACACUCACUCACGUUGAGUAUCGGGCUAAUUUCAUUACAUCGAUAACUAUCGUGACUGCGGAUCAAACAGCUCAGCGUUUACACUCUGCAUGCGAGAGAGGGAAACUUGACUCGCGACUCGCGGCGUGUCGCCACGAAAUUAUUCACCUCGGGCACGUGUUGGAGAGUUUUAGACGUACGGAGUGAACCGACCCCGUGAACAGUGCAACGAGAGGGUGAACAGCCCUAGUCGAGUGAUCGUCAACGACAGCCGAAUAACUGCGGAUGUAAACGGACCGAGAUAUGGACAAGAUUGAUCUGGUCUGAGGCGAAGACCUGCAGGUAACGAUCUCAGAUACGUCAUGAUAAGAGAAUUGUCCCUGGGUUGCACCCUGAACAGGGUGCGGAGGGCAAGUCCCGAGGAUGGGUCCAACCUCACCGCGGCACAGAACUCGACCUACGAUCCCCACGAGCUGCUCGACGACGGUUACGAGGAGAGCCAGGACGCCUGCUACUCGCUCUACUUCCUCCUUGAGUUAUUCCACCUCUACUACAUUCCGCUGAUUAUCCUGAUCGGCCUCGUCGGCAAUCUUCUCUCGUGCAUAGUCUUUCUUAACACCCACCUCAAGAUGAGGAGCUCGAGUUACUACCUGGCUGCUCUCGCCUCGGCCGACUUUGGAUUCCUCGUCGCCCUGCUCCUCGUGUGGCUGAACAACACCGUCGGAUGGCAGGUCUUCAACAAGGCCGGAUGGUGCGAGACCCUCGUCUACAUCAGCGCGGUAUGCAGCUCCCUGAGCGUUUGGCUGAUCGUCGCGUUCACCGUAGAGCGAUUCAUCGCCGUCCAGUAUCCUCUGCACAGGCCAUACAUGUGCACCAUAGCCAGGGCCAAGACCAUUGUACUGGCUCUGGUCGUCCUGGCUCUGGUCAGCCACUCGUACGCCUUUAUCACGGCCGGAGUGAUCCCCGCACAGGACGGCACCGAGGUCUGCGAGCUCAGGAUGGAGUACCACGAGACGAUGCGCAUCAUCAGCAUCGUCGACAGCAUAGCGAGCCUCAUUGCUCCCCUGAUCCUAAUCAUCCUCAUGAACACCAUGAUCACGGUGAACCUCAUCAGAUUCAGCAGGAGGUUCAAACAGGGACCGGGAGUCUCGACGCACUUUCCGAACAGGGAAAGGUCCGACAUAAACCUCAACCAAAUUCCGAACGCCAGCAGCAGCAACAAUGGAGCCGUCGGGAUGACUCUCGUCCCCGAAAUCGGGUGGCGAAGAAAUCCGUCACAGCAGUCUUUCCAUUCGUCGAAAAGUAAUCAUUCCCACCACUCGAGGCACCUGCCGCAAACCACAUCGGCCGCCAUCUACCCUCGAUGUACUUACGGAGGUAAUACCAAAGACGGAAGCGCCUCGUCCAGAAAUCCAGCCUCUCCGAGGAAUCAGCAGAGCAUUACUAAAAUGCUCCUCCUCAUCAGCACCGUUUUUAUACUGCUUAAUUUACCCAGCUACGUGAUCCGGCUGUGCGUAUUUUUCUUCACCCUUGCCCGAAAGGAAACGCCGUUGCUGCUCUGGUGUAUCCAGCAAUUUUUCAUGCUGCUCUACUACACGAACUUCAGCAUUAACUUUGCCCUGUACGCCAUGUGCGGCAUAACGUUUCGCCGAUGCCUAAAGCAGCUGAUGUGCAAGGUGCAAAAAAGCAUCACAAGGUAUCACUGCAACCCUCAACGGUACAUAUAGCUAAUCUACAGACGUAUUCGAACCCUCCGAAUUAGGGGUGGUGAGAAUAUUGUCGUCGCCAACGGUGGCCCAGAGUUAGCCGUCGAUCCCUGACCUUUGUAUAAUAAUGCUAAGGAGAAAAGCGAGUGUUUUUUAUUGACGAAAAUCGGCAGCGGACGAUUAUAGACGCCUAUAAAAUCUCUCCUUCGAUUAUUUUCUAUUCUACGUCUGGCAAUUAUUUGUACCUCGUUUUUCUUAUACCUACCAUGGGAGGGCCGAGGUUAGGGAGAGAAGACAAUAUUCCGAUUAAUAAUACUUUUCCGCAAUCUGGAUUAAUUUUAAAAUACAAUCUUAGGUCGCGGUCGAGGCGCGGUGAUUUUUUUUUUCAUUCGUCAAACAGCAAAUUGACGAACGUAAUUAAUUUACCGAUCGAAACUUCUCUCUGGCUUCGUUUUUGUUUUUUGUUUUCUUUCUUUCUUCUUUCAGUCCGGUUGUAAGUUUUUCUUUUUUUUUUCUUACCGAAAUUCAACGACGGGGAAGACGCGUGGCGGUACAUCGGAUGUAACAAGAGUAGGAGAAAGUUUGGAAGAGUUGAAAAACAAAAAAAAAAAAAAAAACAACAACAUAUUAAAAAGCUAUAAAAUAUAUAUUAUUACUCAUAAAUCUAGUCGUCUAGAAUCAAUCAAUUAUUUAUACUUUAUUAUAUAAUUUUAGCAGAAUUACUUCGAUACUUUAUAUACCCAAUAGACGUUAAGAGAAAAAUGAAAAGGAAGUAUACAAAAACCAAAAAAAAAAAAAAAGCAAACAAAAAAAACGUACGUGUAACGCUGACAGCGAUUAAUGUGAAUUAAAAAAGUUCCAGUUUUUGAAUAACGGAUGUCAUGUCGCCGCAUGGCUGUAUAUAAUGUAUAUUUUGCAUGUGAUAUGGAGAAAAUAUUUAGCAGACGUAAAGUCUUAUGUUUGGAAAUUAAUUCGCUCGUUUGACGGUACCGCAUAUAAUAUGCAAUAUCACUAAUAUCGAGUUUGAUAAAUAAUUUCGAAUGCAGGUUAACUUUUAAGUAUAGGUACCCACACUUCGAAAAAGUUUCAAAACAGUUGUUUCACUUUCUUAAAAAAAAAAACCGUCCAUUCUAUUUCAGUAUCCGACGUCCCUUCAUUAUUUGACGAAAAAUCAAUUAGCGGAUAAUUGACAAUGCGAGAGUUGGCAAAAGUUCUGUCGGAGAGAGAAAAAAAGAAGCUUAAAUAAGGCGAACCUCACGUGAUGGAUGUAACGAAGUAAUACCUGAUAUAACAUCAUUACACGUAUAACAUGGGAAUUUCAAAUGUCUAUAAUAGCACGGCAAUGAAGACAAAUCGCUGGACGAUAAAUUACAAUGUAAAUAUUAUUGAAAAUUAUAUCCCUGUGUGUCCAGGUCGAUGGCCCCGACAUAGUCGUAAAGGUAUAUUUUCUCGACCCCGAAUAUGUCUGCGCGAUUUGUCAUGUGGUUUUAUCUGACAUUUAUUUUUUUUUCUACUUUUCUUUCUUUUCGUCUUCACCCCGCAGCCCUUCAGCUAUCUUUUACUUCACCCUGAAGGGGAUGGGGAAAAAUUUUCUAUUCAUCGUGUGUUCCUAAAGCUAUGCCCUGCAAUCAUAUCGCUAAGAAAUUGAUGACAUUACGCGAUGUAAAAAGAUGAAGAGGAAUAAGACGAAUAGAAGAAAAUAGAGGCGCGAACGCGAUUACGAAUAAACGUAUUUAAUUUAGACGCAAGCGUGAUUAAAUGAGAACGAAAACGCUGCUGCCGAAAAUACCUGAGACAAUCGCUAUGAUAGUCUUUAUUUUUAUUUCAUUUUAUUUAUUUUCGUUAUAAAAACAUCCAAAUAACAACCUGCAAUUGUAUUUUAGAUAGAACACGAAUUCGCAAUAAAUCAACACCCGCGCGUGUGGUUCCACCCUAUUUAAUAUACCUGCAAUAACCAGUUAACAAACCGACGAAUUUAAUUACCGUGAGUGCACGAUGCGUUCGUCUUGUGGUGCUCAAAUUAGAAACAAUUUUAUUCAUUCAUUUUCUCAUCAGAAACUUGUACCAUAUUAAUUAUACAGUUAUAUUAGAAAAAAAAAACAGAGAUGGAAAAAUAAGCUCGAGCAUUGAUUGAACAGAAAAAAUGGCGAAAAAAAAGAGCGAAAUUUACGCUAAAAAGUUUUUGGGCUUCGAGAAAUUUUUUAUCCAAAAAACGAAUACAUAUUUUUUUUUACGAAACAGCUGCAGCCAACGGAUAUUAUCUACGCUAUACGUCCAUAAUUAUGAACGAUAUCGCUGGAUUUACGCAGGAUCAAUAUACAGACAUAUGUAAGCUGCAGGUGGAGGCAACUUGUUUGCAAAUAAUAAUUAUCACAUUUUACCGGAAGCAAAAAAGAAAUAUAACAAUCUGUAAUAAAAUCGCCUACAGCGAUAAGCUCGAAGUUGGUCAGCUGUUGUAUAAUUAAUGACUAACCAUCCGCUGUGUCUGCUAAAAAUUAUCUCCAUAAUGUGUAUAUUGAGAUAUUUAAAAGAACAGGCAAGAAAAAAAAAAAGAAAAAACGAGAAAAUUAAUAACCACGGGCCAAGAAAAAAUGUAAAUAAAUUAGGGCUGCAGGUCGCGUAAGGAUCGCGAGAAUUCCAUUACAUAUAAUAAUUAUUAUUAUUAUUAUUAUUAUUAUCAAUAUAUAUAUAUAUACAUCUAUAAAAUACAACUUAAUACAUAACGAUAUGUGUAACAUAAGUCUGCGUAGUUAAGGAAAAUCAAUCAACAACGACACUGCGAGGAAUGGAUUAGAAAGGAAAAAAAGAACAAAACAAUCAGUUCUAUGUUAUUACUCUGUUCCAUAUACUGUUUAAUCGUAAAUCGAACAUUUACGUGUAAUGUAACGAUAAAGACGUAAUAAUUAUGAAUAUUGUGUAUUAUAUGUACUACUCAAUGUGUUCUGCACAUGUAAUAUAAUCUUUGUUUGAAAUUCGUUAAGUGAAUAACGAUGACAAGAGAAGAAAAAAGAAAAGGAAAGACAACAAGCAACGUACACCUACCCGUAUAAAUGUUGUUGUAGCGUAACGCAUGUGGGGAUUGUAAUUCUAUCGAUAGCCGCAAGUACACGCAUAGAAAAAUAUACCUAAUACCGGUUUGAAUAACAAAUGUCGUAAAUCUAUUGUUACCGUGUUUACAACAAAAGGAAUGCCGACGGCUCCUGCAUCUGGCAUUUGUGACAACUGCGAGAGAUAACGGGCGAAACUUGCGAGGCGGGUGAAUAAUACACUAUACGUUAUAUACGUAAUAUAAUAAUAAUGAUGACGAUAAUAUCAAAUAUGUAACGAGUUCAAAUGGUAUUCCCUCCUUUUGUUCGACACUGAAAGCGUUGAACGCUUUACAUACCUACAUGUGUUACAUGUGUAACACAUGGCACAGCAUUAAUUUCUAAAUAUCGUACAGUAUAUGUGUAUAUAUAUAUAUGUUAUAUAUUAGGGCGCUUAGGAAAAAAAUAAUUUGCCAUUUUCCACCACUGCAGCCCCUGAAAAUUUAUUUCGGGUUAAAGGAAAGGUUCUGUCAAACGUGAACGUUCUAUGUCAUGUAGAAGAUCGCGCUCGGAUGAAUUUUCACUUUUAUAAAUUUUUUUUUGAUUCGUGAAGUAUCGUGAAGAAUUUUUUUUUUCAUCUGUUGCUUACAUCAACGGCAUCGUGAAUUUAAAUCACACGUAAGAUCCACACUUGUAACAUCAAGUCUCCGACUGAUGUUUGAGAAGAGUGUCCGACGAGUUUUUCAUUACUAAUUCAAUAUCGUAAAAUAGUUACAAUUCAAUACGAACUUUUAAUUUAGGAGAAUAAGAUUUCCCGAUGAUAUAUCGUUGUGUUACGGAUCGUGUCCUUGUGAUUGAAUACAAAUGUCAGAAAAGAAAUAAUAAUAGAAGUGCUACAACGUAUUUCGUCGCAAAUUCAAAAACUUGUGAAAAAAAGGAAAAAUCUGAUGAGUGUGAUUUUCCACGUGACGUAGAACACUCGCCUUUUCACAGAGUCUUUCUUUUAGCCCGAACAAACUUUUUAGGGUGUGUCACGUUGGACAAUCGUAAAUUAUUUUUCUUUGAAACACCCUAAUAUGUAUAUAUUUUUUUCGGUUAUAUAUCAUGUACGUAUGUGUAAUAUAUUCCAAGUUGUAUUCAGGUGUCAAGUAGAUCGUGCUUACUUUCCGAUUAUAAUAUAGGCGCGAUUUUGUACGGAUUAUAAUUGUAUACCCUACAUAUAUAUAAUAUAAAUGUGUAAAUAUCUUUGCGUACUAUGUCCUUGAAUACAAUUAUAUGAUUAGAUAAAUAUAUACAUAAAGUGCGAUCAUUUUCACGUAGGUAAUGCUCGUAACGAUAAAUACCGGCGAGUACGCGGACGAGGGCCUAAAUCGGAUCACAGAAAAGCGAAAAAUGAGGUAACUGUGUAAGAAAAAUAAAAAAAAAAAAAAACGAAAAAAAAAACAAAAAUAAAAACUGUCAGCCUCGGGUUUUCGCGAUAUUCAAGCUCGCUUCGGG